AUGGCAGAUAACAUUCCUGUUCUCUUCGAUGAACAGUUAUGCAAGCGUCUUAUAAUGUUUCUCCCAGAGAAAUUACAAGAACGAGUGCGUUCAGGAUUGAAACUUGCAGAAGAGUUAUUUGCUAAUGAUCGACACUUUGAUGUUCAAUCAACCAUUAAUUCAAUACUUAAUAUGUGUACAGAAGUUUUAGUAUCAGUUGUAUCGCCAGAACCUGUGAUUGCUAAACCUACAAACUCUGUAGACGUCUUAGCCGCUGCUUCACCCUCUUCGCUUAGCAUCAACUUGUUUAUGAGCUUUAUUCGUGACUCUAAAUUGUACCGAGUCUCAUUAGAAAAGGUACAAAACUGCUCUCAGCUUCUUGAUGACAUUGCUGAUAAGAUACAUUGGAAAUUAGUAGAGUCCAGUGGUAUUAAUGACGAUGGUACCUAUUAUCGAUAUGAUGAAAAAACACAGGCGCAUUUAUUUAAAGUUAUUGGAGAAGUUCCGAACAGUAUUAUAUAUGUUUUGGGAGUGUUAAUGGAACCAGACCUUUAUACGGAAUGGUUUCCUUUUUGUUUUCAUGCCACAGUUCAAGGGGAAUUAACACGUUUCCAUAAGGCAUCUCAAUUAAUGAUUCGUGUACCAUGGCCUUUUACAAACCGCGAGAUAUUUCUAGAAGGAUUUGGGGUGGAUGAUCUUUCUUUGAAUAAACGUGUUAUUAUUGUUUCUCGUAGUCUUUGCGAGAAUCGUUCCUUACCACCUUGGGUUCAACUGCCCAAACCUAACCCGUACGUGCGGCUUGAGGUGGAGUAUGGUGGAUUUGUGGUAGAGGCACUUGACCCAUCGCGCUGUCGAAUUUCAUUUAUUAUUAAUCUUGAUCCAAAACUCCCACAUGCACCAAUGUGGUUGGUAAACUGGGCCUCAGGGAAACUUGUGCGGGGGAUUUUACGAGAGAUUAGUAGAGCAGCGAAACAAGCGGAAAGUGAGAAGAGUAAGUACGCUGAGAGACGACGUCAGCGACCUGAUAUCUAUACAUAUUUACAGGAACGUUUUUGUGAAGUCAAUAAACUUCACUUUUCCUGUUGA